AUGGAGGAGGGGGCGUUGACAACGCCAGCAACGUCGACGACGCAAAAUACCACAUCGUCCUCUUCAUCUCUGCGAAGGCUCGCAUGUGAUGCCUGUCGAGCCCGCAAGGUCAGAUGCGACAGACAAGAUCCGCCGUGUAGCAGAUGCGCAAAGGUGGGAGUAACAUGCCGCUACUCCAGCCGAUCAAAACCGACGCCGUCCAAGAUGGACUUGUCGAGGUUUCUCGUCACCCUCAACAAUAGACUCAAACAAGCAGAGGCGCAGCUCGCUACGACACGCCUGAUGCAGCAGCGGAAUCGACAACCCUCCUACGCGAUGCCAUGGGGAGAUGUUGAUAUCACGCCGCAAAUUGUAAACUCAUCGCCAAACUCCAGUCCCACGAGAGAGAUGACCCCGCCACACUUGGCCUCCGGACCAGGCUCAACUUAUGACCUGCAAAAGAUGGAGGUGAUGCACGAUAAGGGCAUGGUGCAGCAAAACGUAUCAGACACAACGUCUACUGCCCCUACAGAGGCACCCGAGUUCUCGCCGUUUGAUGCGUUUGCCACGUCCUUGUCAGCGGACAUCAUGAUGAGCCAGGCGAUGCCAGAGAACCCCCCCUUCGAGUUCGAGCCCAUGUUCUUUGACAUCUCGUCAUCAUCUACGAGCCAGUCUGUGCCCACAGUGUCGGCCACAAUUCUGCAGGGACUUUACGACCGAUACUUUGAAGUUUUUCACCCUAUCAUCCCCAUUAUUAACAGAACACGUUUCCAGCAUGAGAUGUCGCAGCCGUCGCCGUCGGUCGAAGUGCAGGCACUGUCGUAUGCCAUUGGCACCUUGACCGCAUUCUCUGUACCUGAGCUGCAUUACUACGUAGAUCACUACUAUGAACAGGCUCGCAAUCUCAUGGACAUUUGCGAGCGGCAAGACAGUGGCGACUCAUUAAGCAACAUCAACAUAAUGCAAGCCUACGUAAUCUUAACUCUCUACGAGCUGAAGCAGCCAAACUUUGCCCGGGCCUGGCUGACACUCGGCCGCGCGAUUCGGCUUUCCAAAAUGAUGGGGUUGGACACUGUGGAAACGGAUUCGAGCAUGGGUACACAAUGGGGCCUGCGUAAGCAACUCAUCCAUCCGAUUAGCUCAGCGGAUCAGGAGGAGAGGCGGCGAGUUUUUUGGAGCCUCUUCAUCUUCGACUCAUUUGCGAGCCUACGGGUGAGCGGCGGCCCAGCCUUUGAUGGAGAUGUCAAUGUCCAGCUUCCUAGUCUGAGCGACUACCCUGAUUACUCGAACGAGAGGAUGCCUGGACUACAACAGGUAUUCGACCUGACGGAAACGGCUCCCAUUUCCUCAUUUGCUGCCAACGCCAUCAUGAUCUGCCUCUACCAGCGCUAUUACAGCCACAUCCAAUCCGCAUACUCAGAAGCCUCCCAUGCAUUCUGGGAGACGCACUAUGCGAUUGACAAGUCCCUCAACCAUUGCCGUACAACCCUGCUGGCGCAGCACAUGAACGGCAACAGUGGCGAGAACCCGACUUCCAUCGCACUGCGAAUGAACUUGAACGCCCUCAAGAUCAAUUUGCACGAGACGGUGCUUAUCAAGGUUGAGAAGGAUCAAUUGCCAGUGAACCUCGCAACAGAUGCAGUGGCUCAAUGCGUUUGCGCCGUUACCGACAUUGUUCAGGCCGUCCAGCUGGGCAUGCGGCUGACGGGCAACAAGCUUGAAACGUUCCGCCAUUUGGACCGAUUUCUUGUUUGGCCAAUUACAACUUCUAUUCAAGUGUGCUUCCGCAUGCUUUACAAUGGAGAGGAUGAUGCCACUCCCUACAUCAACUCUCUACGCAUUCUUUCCAAUGCGAUGAAGGACCUUAUCGACCCUGAACAUAUUGCUCCGGGUUUGCUGGAAAAGGCCGAGGCUCGAGUUGCCGAGGCAGCGCGGUCUACACGGAAGAAACGAACAGUUGACGACGAACUAUGA